CUCUAUCAUCUCACCUUCCGCCAUCGCCCAACUUACCCGCCUGCACCAUCGACCAUUUUGUUUGCUUGGCGGGACCCACCCACCAUAUCUCAUCCCUUCCAUCCAUACCUCCAGCUCACCUUCUGGUUCUGGAUAAGCUCCCUCCAUUUCCCAACCAUUUUCGAAACAUACAACAAAGGCGUCUGCUUUGGGCAAAAUGUUAACUUUUUAAAAAAGUCCCAAAACACCCAAACCUCUAAAAUAUCUCUUCUCCAAAAUCCCAGGCCCAGCCAAGAUGCUUUUCUGAGAAAAUAUCCUAAUUCUCUUUCUCACUAACGCGGAGCGACACAUCAAUGGCGGCUUUGACUGCAUGUUCACACGGAAUUGUGUACACUGGGGAAUUUCACAACAGGGGCCAACACCAGCAACAGGCGGGUAGCAGCGGCGGGUUCUUCUCUUUGAACAACUCCCCUUCUUCUUCUUCUGCUUCUGGGUUUCCUCUGUUUGACGGGAGAAGGAACAGAGAGUGUUCAGGGAAGAAGAUUUCAAGGAAGAGGGAUUUGAGAGCCGACGGUUUCUGGCCGGAUUUAAGGUCGAGACCCACUUCCGUUGAGAUGGAGCCCAUCACAGAUUCAGAGCAGCUUGAUCAGAUCCUGCUCCAUGCCCAGGAGCUCGCUCAACCGGUCGUCAUUGAUUGGAUGGCAUCUUGGUGCCGGAAGUGCAUAUAUCUGAAACCUAAGCUGGAGAAAUUAGCCGCUGAAUUUGACACAAAAGCGAAGUUUUACUGCGUGGAUGUGAACAAGGUCCCUCAGACUCUAGUGAAGCGCGGGAACAUAUCCAAAAUGCCUACAAUUCAGGUAUGGAAGGACGGGGAGAUGAAGGAGGAGGUGAUCGGAGGACAUAAAGGGUGGCUGGUGGUUGAGGAAGUUCAGGCUAUGGUCCAUAAGUUCCUGUGUUAAGGAUGAUCUCUCUGCCUGCCGAAGGAAUAACGCCAUACCGUAUAUGUGUUUGUUCUCUCUGUAUCUACGGGGAAAUCUCAGUUGAAUGCAGGGAUUUCACAAAGGGAUACAUUCAGUAUUUUUGUGUAAGUAGUAGUAUUGUAGCAGCAGGGUUUCCUCCUGUCCAUUACUAUACUAUUCAUAUAUCUGUUAAGUAUACGAAUAUGCCAUGGAUUUCAACUCAAGCAAGAAGCACAUUGAUAGAUAUCAGUAUUGGAGGAUAAAAUUUGACAAGAUCGAAUUUAUGAACAACAAGUCUCUUCGGUAGAGUGGUUGAGGCGCGUUGAGGGACUACCUGAUGCUGAGGGAGUUUCUUCUUUGGAGUGACUUACGCCCUCAACAGGAAGAAGAGUGUCCACAUUUAGAGUUGGGGUAGCAUCUGAAGCAUCUCUUUACAGCAAAUUCCUAUCAGAAGGAACCUGCAAGUUCCAAGAUGAAACGACGAUCAGUUCCAAGAUGAAGGAACCUGAAAGAUAAUCUUGUAAAUGAACUAACCCCUGCUAGCGUUUUCUUUGCCUUCUGUGCUUUCAUGAGCAUGAGAAACCCAGAAAAUGAGAAAGUAAGCACCGAGCUUGGCAAGUUCCGGAACCAUCUCAGCUGGACCCAAGUAGGAAUGGAGGAUGAUGCCAGCUAGAGGUGGUAAUUGGAUUGGAUUGGUGGAUUGGAUUGGUGGAUCAAUGGAUCAAAUGGAUUGAAUCCAAUGAAUUGGUAAAUUUAUGGAUUGGAUCAAGUAAAUUGGUGGAUUAUCUAUUAAUCCAAAUGACAUCCUCAACCAAGGACCAAUAUGUAAAAUGUGAAAAGUUUAGGUAUUAAAAUGUCAUAAUGAAAAAUUUUAGGUACCAAAACGUGAUUUUCAACGAUAUUUUUUCGUAUAAAAAUCAAAUUUUAGGUACCAAAAUGUAAAAAAUAAAAAUUAUAAAUACUAAACCGUAAUUUGCCAAUGAUCCAUGAAUCAACCAAUCCUAGGAUUGCCCAAAAGGAAAUUUAUGAGCAAAGGAAAUUUAACUUCCUCAAUAAAAUGGAUUAUACCAUCAAAACCGAAGAAAGAGAUAUUCAUAUUUUCAAUGAUUAUGAAACCAUCAAACUUUUGUCUCAAAAUUCUAUUCAACAACACAAAAAGAAGUACAACUAUAUCCAUAUUGGGUUAGUUCAAGUAGGGAUUAAGCCUCUAUCCAAAGAAGGCCUUAAUAUUGCUAUUUUAAUGGUUUUACGAGAUUGUCGGUUUCUUGAGUUUAACGACUCUUUACUUGAAACUGUUGAAUCAAGUCUUUGUAAUGGCCCAAUUUACUUCAAUUGUUUUCCAAACUUUACUGUCUCUCUUCAUGACAAAAAUAUUUUAGAUGUUUUAACCCUACAAAUAAAAACUUUCAACUAUAAAAUCCAACAAGGAUCUUUACCUAUCUCUUUGGUUUACCGCUUACACUAUAAAGCUAUGAAAUAUGCUUUCUCUUCUAAAGCUCUUCAAUAUGGUACAAAAGGAGAAACUAUACUUUUGCAAACUGAUUUAACUCGUACUAACACUGUUACUCCCUAAACUAUCAAAUGGGAAGAAGUUACUCUUCCUACAGAAUGGACACUUGAAGGAGCUACCAUUCCCAGAAGCAUCGACCAUCGUCAGGUUAAUCAAAUUACUCAACAUCUUGAUGGUACUGUUAACAUCUCUUUUGCUAGGAACUCCAUCUCUAGCAUUUCUGAUAUAUACCCUGAAUUGACAGAAGAUGCUCGACAUCGCAUCAACACUUUUCUUAGAAGCCAAUCUUGUAGAAAUCUUUCUCCCAUACCUACACCCACUCGACAUACCUCCUCUACACUCAACUAUGAUCUACGAGGAAUUAACAACUCCAACAACAUACCUCAGCAGUUUAUACUCCACCACCUCUCACAACUCUUUUUCCAAAUAUAAAUACCUCAAGAACACCAAAUAUGUCUCCUACUGCUUCACAAGCUGCAUUUCCUGAAGAAGAAAUCCCUUAUGCUCUUGAUGUCAUUACACAAGAGUUCAAAAUCAACAAAGAAUUUCUUCGCCAUGAUUUCUAUUCCCAACGAAACUGUUUUAAACGCGAGCAAUUUUUUACUGAUUACUCUAAGAAGAACGUGUACUUAUACAAAAUUCUAUGAUUAUCUCAAUAAUAUACGAGAACACCGUUCUUUCUUUAAUUGGUUCGAACAAGUCUUUUCUCAAUCUUCGAUAAAUGUUCAAACCAAGCCUACGACUUGGUUAGCUACUAAUAACUCUAAGAUCCAAUCUAUUCACCCCCCUAAUGCUCCUGUUAAUUUUUUUUUAUUAUGGAACAGCAGUUCAAGACUCUCCUUUUAAAUUAAAACGAGAAAAUAGUGCCAUGUCAAAGGAGAAGAUAUUCGACGUCUGAUUGAACAAAACAAUUAUACAAACCGAUUUCUUCAGACCUUAGGAGAUCAACUUACUAAUGUUGAAAUCAGUUUACCUCUGUCUUUUGCGUCUACUUCAACUACUCCUAUUCCUCUUUCCAACAAACUUAAUUCCCCCAUUUUCAAACCUUUUGAAGUUUCUAACGAAUCUAGUCUUGAAUUUAAGCUUGAAAUAGAAAAACGUCUUAAACAACUUUCUACACAGCUAUCCACUUCUAAGACUUCUUAUAUUUCUGACUCAAAAUCCACGAGCAACAAGGAUCAAAUCGUCGAUGACUCAGCCGAAGUAAUUCAAGACCUAGAAGGUCAUAUUGAAACAGAAAUCAAUCGUCUCCGAUGGAACCAAUCCUCUACAUCUAAGAUGUAUUACCCACGUCCCACGACACCUGAUUUAGCUCUCGAAGAGAAACCCACCAUUAUCCAAAAUAAAUACAACUCCAAUUCUAUUUAUGAAUGGAAUCUUGAUGGAUUUUCAGAAUAUCAAAUUUUGAACCUGCUUCAACAAAUGACCAUGGUAGCUAAUGCUUACAAAACUCAAAAUCAAACUUCUGAUUACGCUAUAGCUGAACUACUUAUAGCCGGCUUUGGUGGUCAAUUAAAGGGUUGGUGGGAUAAUAUCUUAACCACGGAAGACCAGAGAACUAUUUUUACAGCUGUUAAAUGUGAUUCUUCUGGAACUCCUAUUUUAGACUCCAAUAAUCAAUCUUCUCAAGAUGCAGUUGCAUCCCCGAUUUUUGCCAUUUCAAAACAUUUUAUUGGAGAUCCUUCACAUCUUAAAGAUAAAAAUGCCGAACUACUUUCUAAUCUUCGUUGUAAAAAGUUUCAUGACUUCCGAUGGUACAAAGAUACCUUUUUUAACUAGGGUUAUGCAAAGAGAAGAUGGAAAUCAACCAUUUUGGAGAGAAAAGUUUUUAGCCGGUUUAUCCCGUCUCUUAGGAGAUAAAAUCCGAAACAAAAUCCAAGACACUUUUAAUGGUCAAAUUCCUUAUGAGCAACUUACUUACGGAGAACUUAUUAGCUUUAUACAAAAAGAAGGAUUACAAAUUUGCCAUGAUUUAAAACUUCAAAAACAAAUCAAACGCAAACAAACUAACUCGAAAAGAACUAGGAUCUUUUUGUGCUCAGUUUGAUGAAUCUUAUUCAAAAAUUUCUUCCAAAUCUAACGGUGAGGAUUGUAGCACCAAACCUCAUAAAAAACAUCGCGAUCGUCCCUGUCGAUCUUUUAAAAGCACGAAUCAAAAAUCUCAUUUCUCUAGGAAUCCCCUCACAGAUAAGGGACCACGAUCUAACAUUGAAAAUAAAAACAUUACUUGUUUUCGUUGUGGAAAAACAGGUCAUAUUUCCAAAUAUUGUUGUAUAAAAAAGAAGCUCAAUGAGCUUAAUCUUGAUGAAGAGAUUCAUGACAAAAUCAAUGAUCUUUUUCUCCAACACUUGUAACACCCCGAAUUUUUUGUUAUGGUUCGACCAGAAUACGUGAUAGCUUGGAUUGACAGUUGCGUACUAAAAGUUGCAAUCGCGGAUUGGUAGUAAUAAUAAUAAUUAUUAUUAUUAUUACUAUUUUAUUAUUAAAAAAAAUAUUUAUAUAAUCCGACCUGGGGGCCGAGCGGCCUCCCAAUUAAACACCGGCAAUUUUUAUUAUUAUUCUCAGCUGACCUCUUUGCUUCUCUUCCCCAAGCAAAGGAAAUUAAAGCCGCCCUCUUACAAUUCCCCAAACCCUCGGCCUCUCUUGCAACUUCCCAAACCCGACCCUCUCCAUUCCAUUCGAAGCCCCAAGCAAUAAACCCACCCCCAAUUAUUUGUUCACCAGCAGCCGAGUCUCAAAACCCGCCCCCAAUUCUUUCUUUUCUUUCUUUUAUUUGUUCACCGCUGCCAAUCCCCAGCCCCGCGCGGGCGAGAAGUGAAGAAGAAGGAAUUGGUUCCGGCACCCGAUCCUCAUCCCAAUCCCGAUCCUGAUCCCAUCCCUUUCGUAUUUCUAGGUAAGGAUCACGAACCCCUUCGCGAUUUCUAAACUCGAUUUAUCGAUAGUCUAAUCCGAAGCUCGUUCUUUUUAACGGUGACGUUGAGGGUUCGAUCAACGAGGAGAUCAACGUCCCGGGUCAUCCAACCUAGGCCUAGGCACGUUCUAGAGGUAAGGGAACUCGAUCCCUUUGAGUUAAAUCGAUCGAUUUGGUGAUUUUUCGUGAGGGUGCAAUUCUAGGGUUUUAGCAACAGACGUUCAGGCUUUUAGUGACAGAAUAUGGGUGGUCACUAAAGCUGCUGGAAAUUUCCAUAAACUUGUUUUAGAUGGUUUAAAUUGUUUCGAGUUUGUACGGGGUUUCUUUCUUGAGUUUAAAAUUUUUAUAAAUUGAGGCGGGUCUAGGAGAUGGCUGUAAUUUAAUUUGGGGAUUUUUGAAGAUGCGUUUUUAAUUUUAGAAAUUGUUCGAACAUUCAUUUUAAUAAAAUAAAAUAUUUCCGAGGAUUUUAUAAGGGUUUGAUAAUUUUCCAGGGUAUAAGUACUCAUGAUUGAUGUAGUAAAAUUAUUAUCCGAAUUUUUAAGAAGGUUCAAGUUAGGUGGAAAAUUCGUCCAAGACUAAAAUAAUUAGGUAAAGUGGUCGGUUUUGAAGGGAUUGUUUUUAGAAAAUUUUUAAAGGAGGUUAAGGGACCUUGGGAGCGAGUCUCGAGGGCAGAUAUCUAGGAGAGGAUGUUCUAGUGACCCAAAAGGGAAUUCUAAAUCGAGAAAGGUCGACUAAGGAGAUGACUUUCUUAUUAAUAGGUUCACCGAGAUAUUUCGGCUAGGAGGGUUUUCUUCGAUUAAAGAAUCGAGGAGUCAGCUUUACAAGGUGAGUGUAAAGGGGGUAAAUUCUACGCCUUACGUAAUCUUUCAAGAAUUGCAAGCCUUAAGUAUUUUGAUAUUGAAGUGAUUGUCGUUGUUUUUUUGUGUUUAUGGUUGAUGGUAUGUGAUUUUGUUUGAGCUAUGGUUGAUGUGAAUGUGCAUGAGUUCUUAGUUAAUUUAAAGCUUCCCGUCUAUAAGUUAUUGUUAUAGUUAAGAAACAAGUUCUUUUCAAAGAAGUAGCUCACCUUCAAGAAGGUGAAGUCGUUUUAAGUGUAUUUAGUCACUAGCGCAAGUCCGUUGCUUUUUGAGACAUUUUGAGAUAGAGCAGCAGUUAUGCUCUUGAGACUUUGAAGAUGAGAAGCAGUUCUGCUCUUGAGAAUCGUGGUGAAGAGCCACCACGAUAAGUUUAAGAUGUUAGGGGGAUGAAUCAUUACGACUUCCCUAACUAAGUUUAAGUUUAAGGAAAGCCUGAAUGGCUUCUCAUACGUAUGAGUUGGCAACCGGACUAGCUAGUGAGGGAUCCCAGUGUCAGUCAAAAUUUUUAAGUUGAGAUUUGAGUUUUAAGAGUAAAAUCUUAGAGGAUGGAAGUAUCAUCCACCAAUUUGAGUUAAGUUCUUACGUAAGAAAUAUCAGAGAUUUCAAUCGUAAGGGAGUAGACUGACCUCAACUCACUCACCGGAUCGUAGAGGAGGAAAUCCUAACCAGCCAGUCCAUGAUCAGCAAGCUAGAGGAGCUCAACACCACCGUCGCUGAGAGAUGUUGAGCCAGGUGUCAGAGUAAGCAUCGAAGAACUUUUCAAGUUAUUAAGACUUUAUGGUUAAAAAUUAAAGACUGGAGAUUCAUUUCUUUUGGAUGAUUUAAGUUUUGCCCACGUGUUUAGGGCUUCAAAUUGAGAUAUUAAGAUAUUUGAGUUUGAUAUUUUAUUUAAACUUGUGUUAUUGAGAUUUUUAAUUAUACCCCAGGGUAGAAAUGUCUUUUUCCAAAUUCAAAGAGGUGGGAUGUUUCAUUUUGGUAUCAGAGUCUGGUUCUUCCUCUGUUUCUUGGUUCCCAAGAAAUAUUGGAAUGUCGAUCUCAGUUUUAAAGGUUUUGUUUUAAAGAUUUCAAGUCAAAGUUUGGCCAAACAAGUCAAGGAUUUCUUUUAAUAAUUUAGAAUCUCCAGUCUACUCUAAACCAUAUCAAGGGAGAAAUAACUGAGAUCUAACGAAACCCUGUGCGUCUACAGUGCAAGUGUUGGCCCACACCCCACACCACCGGUGCCAUUACCAGAGAGGCGUCCACCAGACUACGUAAGGUUCCGGAAGAGAAAGGUUGAAGAUUUUAAGGGGGGGGGGGGGGGGGGGGCGUUCAACAGACCCCAUGGAAGUAGAGCAGUGGCUAGCUAAGGUCACUCGUACGCUGGUCGAGAUGAGAGCUGAUGAUGAGGACAGAGUACUACUGACAGUGUCCUUGCUGGAGGACGCUGCAUACAAUUGGUGGAGUACCCAGCCAGCUAGUCGAGAGGAUCCACUGGCCAUCACUUGGCCAGAGUUCGUGCAGUUGUUCAAAGACCACUUCAUACCGGAGGCUUACCGGAUCGGGAGGCAGAGGAAAGCAUGACUGAGUACACGGCCAGGUUUGACAAGCUACUUACCUAUGGAGGGCCUCAAUUUCAGGAUGUAGCAGCUCAACGCACCCAUUACCUGGACUCCUGGAGAGCUUGAAGCCUGUUUUUCGGCGUCAGCUGGGUAUACUAAAUUGGAACAACAGGUAAGAGAUUUAUCAGGCUGCUCUUCGAUUGGAGAGGGCGGAUACAGCUCUGUAUGAGAAGGGGAUGCAGCGAGAAGGGAACAAGAGAAAGGCUGCUAGCCUGUCUGAGGGGCCAGGAAAGCCGAGUCAGUAGAGAAGGAAACCAUCCUAGAGCUACUAUGGGGCCACCCAGAGUCAGGUCGGCUCAACCAGAUCAGGGCCGACCUACAUUCCUCGGGACCCAUGUAACCAGUGUGGGAGAACUCACCUAGGAGAGUGUAAGGUGCAUCUGGGAGGCAUCUGCUAUCACUGCAACGAGCCGGGUCACUAUGCCAGAGAUUGCCCUAGGAGAGGAGGACAGGGGAGAGCCCAGUCCGAACAAUCAGUCCGGGGCGGAGGAGGAAGAACUCAGACCGGACAGCAGUUCGACAACCAGCCAAACCGGUCUUAUCACCAGUAGGGGGAAAUGCAGGGCGGUUCAACCGCAAUGAGCGAGAUCGAGGGAAAGGAUCUCAAGCAUCGGGGCAACCAAGACGGUUUUCCAUAAGGAGAGAAGAAGUUGACGCUGCACCUGAGGUGGUGACUGGUAUGAUCUCACUUUACCACCAGCCCGCUUUUGUAUUAUUUGAUUCCGGUUCCACGCACUCUUUCAUUUCUACCAAGCUUGCUAGAACCUUAGAGAUCCCAUUUGUGAGGUUAGGGCAGAAUUUAGGGGUCAGGACCCCAGUGGGGGAUACCCUUAUAGUGGACUCGGUCAUUCGUGAUUGUCUUAUCACCGUGGCGGGGCACGAAUUUGAGGCGAACCUAAUUCUACUACCCUUCGACGAGUUCGAUGUUAUCUUGGGUAUGGAUUGGUUGUCAAAGAAAAGAGCGAAGGUGGACUGCUACAAGAAGGAGGUUAGCCUGGAGGUGGAAGGAAAGGGCACUGCUUUGUUCAAAGGGACUAAGAAGCUUAUUCGUGGGUGCUUAAUCUCCGCGGUUAAGGCAUUCUCAUUAAUUCAAUAAGGAUGUGAAGCAUAUUUAGAUCAUGUUAAGGAGGUGCAAGAGAAGAAGAUAGAAGACGUACCUGUCGUCAGGGAAUACCCCGAGGUAUUUCCCGAAGAUCUUCCUGGGCUACCGCCGCAGCGAGAGGUGGAAUUCGAUAUUGAAGUAAUUCCUGGCACGACACCGAUAUCUAUUCCUCCUUACCGUAUGGCACCAGUAGAGUUAAAGGAGUUGAAGGAGCAGUUGCAGGAGCUGUUGGAGAAGGGGUUCAUACGCCCUAGGGUAUCACCAUGGGGAGCACCAGUGUUAUUCGUGAAGAAGAAGGAUGGCAGUAUGAGACUGUGCAUUGACUAUAGGAAGUUUAACAAAGCUACCAUCAAGAACCGCUAUCCUUUGCCAAGGAUAGAUGAUCUCUUCGACCAACUACAAGGAGCAACGGUGUUCUCGAAGAUCGAUCUACGGUCAGGGUAUCAUCAGUUGAGAGUGGCAGAUGGUUCAGUACCCAAGACAGCUUUUCGCACUAGGUACGGCCACUACGAAUUCUUGGUCAUGCCGUUCGGACUGACCAAUGCACCGGCAGCUUUUAUGGCACUAAUGAACCUGGUCCUUCAUGAGUACUUGGACAAGUUUGUCAUUGUCUUCAUAGAUGACAUACUCAUCUACUCGAGAAGUAAGGAGGAGCACGAAGAACACCUUAGAGUGGUUUUGCAGAAAUUGAAAGAGGAGAAGCUAUACGCCAAGUUCUCGAAGUGUGACUUUUGGUUGGAGGAGGUCUUGUUCUUGGGUCACAUGAUUUUGGGACGGGGAGUUGAAGUGGAUCCCAAGAAGAUUGAAGUGGUAACAAACUGGGUUCCACCAAAGAAUGUUUCCGAAGUGCGGAGUUUUCUGGGUUUAGCUGGGUACUACCGGAGGUUUGUGGAAGGGUUCUCCAGCAUUGCACGACCCAUGACACAGCUAUUGCGGAAGGGGAAGGCAUUUUUUUGGGACGAGAAGUGUCAAACGGCGUUUGAGUUGCUGAAGGAGACGCUGACCUCUGCACCAGUGUUGGCUAUACCGACCAGCGGUGGGGAGUAUUCCAUCUAUAGCGAUGCUUCCUACCAAGGCUUGGGUUGUGUUCUGAUGCAGGAUAAGAAGGUGAUCGCCUAUGCCUCGAGGCAGCUACGACCCCAUGAGGUGAAUUACCCCACCCAUGACCUGGAGUUGGCCGCAGUGGUCUUUGCCUUGAAGUUAUGGAGACACUAUCUCUACGGCGAGACGUUCACCAUCUUCACGGAUCACAAGAGCCUCCAACACUUGACUGAUCAGAAUGAGUUGAACAUGAGGCAGAGAAGGUGGAUGGAGCUAUUGAGCGAUUAUGACUGCACCAUUAAGUACCAUCCGGGAAAGGCAAAUGUGGUGGCUGACGCCUUGAGCAGGAAGAGGGAGAGCCCUUUACCGGAGUUGGUCUCUUUGAGGGCCAUGAACGUGGAAUUGGAGCUAGAGGAGUUAACAAAGUUGCUAGCAACUUUGAAAAUUCGUCCUAUGCUGCAGGGACGAAUCAAGGAGAAGCAGAGUGAAGAUUUGGAAUUAGAGAAGUACAAGACGCAGGUGUUAGAAGGGAAGGACACCCAAUUUGGACUAGUAGAUGGGGUACUGAUGUAUCAAGGAAGGCUGUGUGUCCCAGAUGUUGACAAGCUAAGGAAGGAUAUUCUGGACGAGGCUCACUCUGCAACCUAUGCAAUGCACCCUGGGGCUACUAAGAUGUAUCGUACCCUCAAGGAGCAUUUCUGGUGGCCAGGAUUGAAGAAGGAGGUAGCUACACAUGUCUAUCAAUGCUUGGAGUGUCAAAUGAUCAAGGCUGAACAUCAAGCUCCAGUGAUUGAGCACCUACCGUUGGAGAUUCCGCAGUGGACUUGGGAGAAGAUCACCAUGGAUUUUGUGUAUGGUUUACGGAGGACCCCAAGGGGAAAUGAUGGAGUAUGGGUGAUUGUGGAUCGCUUCUCGAAGGUGGCUCAUUUUAUACCCAUCAAGUUCAAGCCAGGGCUGGAGGAGCUGGCUAGGCUGUAUGUGAAGGAGAUAGUGAGAUUGCAUGGAGUUCCACUUAGUAUCGUGUCUGAUCGCGACCCUGGCUUCACGGCAAGGUGGGUCUUCAAAAGGCAAUGGGCACUAAAGUUCACUUCUCUACCGCAUAUCACCCUCAUACGGAUGGGCAGUCAGAGAGGAUGAUUCAGACACUGGAAGACCUGUUGAGGGAGUGUGUCUUGACCAUGGAAGGAGCUUGGGACGAGCAUUUACCUUUAAUGGAGUUUGCUUACAAUAACUAGUAUCACAGCUCGAUACAAGCAGACACGAAGACAUCCAGUUGGAAGAUGAUUUGGAGUAUGUGAUCAGACACGAGGACAUCCAGUUGGAAGAUGAUUUGAACUAUGAGGAGGUUCCAAUCCAGAUUGUGGAUAGGUAGGAAAAGGAGUUGAGGAGGAAGAAGAUUGCCAUGGUAAAGGUGUUAUGGAGAAACCAGGGCAGCGAGGCUGCGACUUGGGAGACAGAGAGUAGCAUGAGAGAGAAUACCCAGAGUUGUUUUUUGGUGUUUAGAUCGUUAGUGGGUGAAAUUCUGUGUACUCUCACUUUUAGUACUCUUUUUAGUUCCCAUUUCUCGCUUUUUUUCAAUAAUAAGAUCUGGCGGUUCAGGCCGGUUUCACGAUAGCUACCAACGCAGUUCAACCUACAAUUUUGAGGUCGAAAUUUCUUAAGGGAGAGGGAAAUGUUAUAUCCCAACUAACAUCGUUCCUUCGAAUACAACGUUAAAUCGUUCAAGCGAUUGCUCUACCGUUCAAAUUUCGGGGACGAAAUUUUUAUAAGGGUGGAGGAAAUGUAACACCCUGAAUUUUGGGUUAUGGUUCGACCAAAAUACGUGAUAGCUUGGAUUGACAGUUGCGUACUAAAAGUUGCAAUCGCGGAUUGGUAGUAAUAAUAAUAAUUAUUAUUAUUUUAUUAUUAAAAAAAUAUUUGUAUAAUCCGACCUGGGGGACGAGCGGACUCCCAAUUAAACACCGCCAAUUUUUUUUAUUAUUCCCAGCCGACCACUUUGCUUCUCUUCCUAAGCAAAGAAAAUUAAAGCCGCCCUCUUACAAUUCCCCAAACCCUCGGCCUCUCUUGCAACUUCCCAAACCCGACCCUCUCCAUUCCAUUCGUAUCCCCAAGCAAUAAACCCACCCCCAAUUAUUUGUUCAGCAGCAGCCGAGUCUCAAAACCCGCCCCCAAUUCUUUCUUUUCUUUCUUUUAUUUGUUCAGCGCCGCCAAUCCCCAGCCCCGCGCGGGCGAGAGGAGAAAAAGAAGGAGUUGGUUCCGGCCCCCGAUCCCAAUCCCAAUCCCGAUCCUGGUUCCAUCCCUUUCGUGUUUCUAGGUAAAGAUCACGAACCCCUUCGCGAUUUCUAAACUCGAUUUAUCGAUAGUCUAAUCCGAAGCUCGUUCUUUUUAGCGGUGACGUUGAGGGUUCGAUCAACGAGGAGAUCAACGUCCCGGGUCAUCCAACCUAGGCCUAGGCACGUUCUAGAGGUAAGGGAACUCGAUCCCUUUGAGUUAGAUCGAUCGAUUUGAUGAUUUUCGUGAGGGUGCAAUUCUGGGGUUUUAGCAACAGACGUUCAGGCUUUUAGUGACAGAAUUUGGGUGGUCACUAAAGCUGCUGGAAAUUUCCAUAAACUUGUUUUAGAUGGUUUAAAUUGUUUCGAGUCUUUACAGGGUUUCUUUCUUGAGUUUAAAUUUUUUAUAAAUUGAGGUGGGUCUAGGAGAUGGCUGUAAUUUAUUGGGGAUUUUUGAAGAUGCAUUUUUAAUUUUAGAAAUUGUUCGAACAUUCAUUUUAAUAAAAUAAAAUAUUUCCGAGGAUUUUAUAAGGGUUUGAUAAUUUUCCAGGGUAUAAGUACUCAUGAUUGAUGUAGUAAAAUUAUUAUCCGAAUUUUUAAGAAGGUUCAAGUUAGGUGGAAAAUUCGUCCAAGACUAAAAUAAUUAGGUAAAGUGGUCGGUUUUGAAGGGAUUGUUUUUAGAAAAUUUUUAAAGGGGGUUAAGGGACCUUGGGAGUGAGUCUCGAAGGCUGGAUGUCGAGAAGAGGAUGUUCUAGUGACGCAAAAGGGAAUUCUAAAUCGAGAAAGGUCGACUAAGGAGAUGGCUUUCUUAUUAAUAGGUAACCGAGAUAUUUCGGCUAGGCGGGUUUUCUUCGAGUAAAGAAUCGAGGAGUCAGCUUUACAAGGUUAGUGUAAAGGGGGUAAAUUCUACGCCUCACGUGUUCUUUCAAGAAUUGCAAGCCUUAAGUAUUUUGACAUUGAAGUGAUUGUCGUUGUUUGUUUGUGUUUAUGGUUGAUGGUAUGUGAUUGGAUUAGUUGGAUAUUUUUAGUGGAUUGAUGUAGUGGAUUGGAUUGCGAAUUGUCACCUCUAAUGCCAGCAGAAAAAGGCACCAACGCUUCUGGUAGAUAUUAUUUCUUCUAUUAAAUGGGAAUUCUAUAGUACAGUGUCUGUACUAAUACAGUCACUUUUCUAUCGAUUAUAGCCGGUCUUUGGCUUCCCUUCCGGCCAAGUGAUACGGAAACGAACAAAAAAAAUAUUUUCACUUUUCUUUAGAUAAUAAUCAUGUUAAAUUCAUGUUUGUUUACUUUUCUUCCAUUAUUUUUUCUCAAUUUAGACCCCAUAAAAAUUCAUAUUUUGGUUAGAAACCGAAAAGUUAAAUAUGAGUUAUUUUUAAAAUAUUUUUACCAUGUAAUAAAAAUUUUAAGUUUAUAUUAUCAAUAGCAUAGCUAAAAAUUUAAACGUAAGCUAAAAAAUAUAAAUUAACAUAUUUGGACCGUGUUAACUUGGAGAAGCGGUAAUAUUUUACUAAUUACUCUAUUUCUCUAAAAUUUUAUAAAUUUUACAUGUACUUUUACUUACACUUAUAACUAGAGGUGGACUCGUAACGUGGGUGUUAAUCCACAGUUUGACAUCGAUCCACCCGAAAAUAAUCAGAACAAAUGAUAUCAGAACAAAUUAUAAUAUUAAUUGUAGUAACAUUAUUUUGAGUAAAAUAUCUUUUAUUGUGAAAUUAUGUAGUAUAAGUUGUAAAAUAUCUUUUCACAUGAGUGUUGGGGUUAUAAGUAGGGAUGGGAUAUUGGCGGGUUGGAUGAGUUUUGUCUCAACCCGCUUACUAAGUUAUUAUCGAGUUGGUAUAAUUAUGACCUACUAUCUAUCUAAAUUUGUAUUCGGGUACGGUGGGGUGGCAGAUAGGUGCGGUUGAGUUGUGGGUUAACUUGCAAAAGGAAGAUUUCAACUACCAAUUAAUCAAGUAAAUUAAUAUUUAUAGUAAAUUCCUCGCAAAUCAUAAGAUAGCAACAAUCUAGACACUUUUCGUUUUUUUCCACUGAAUCUAUGUAGCAUUCGCAAUAAAUUUUUCAUUACUUCAUCAACCAAUUGUGCAGGGAAAGCUGACACAUUUUUCAUCUUUGUACAAUGAAUAGUUUAUAAUUUGCAUUACAAUAUCUAAUGGACAUUACACAACAUACUCACAAAUAAUAGUAGUCCAAAAUAUUCUUUAUUCUCACUUUAGAAGUAGAUUGUCAGUGUCAAGGUUGAAGAAGACACUAAGCGUAAAAUAGACGUUGGGCUCCUGACUUGAGCCUAGUUUGAUUAAGCGUCGGCUAGGCGUACUUAGGCAUUCGAAGCAAAAAUGGAAAAAAUUCUCAUAAUUUUCAGUUUUCUAGAGUAAUUUCAUAUGAUCAUAAGUUUAUAGAAAAUUAAAAACACAUAAGUCUUAACACAACAAGCAAAUAGUGAGCAUUUGUCUUUUUCCUAGACUCCUAGUUCAUAGAGAGUAGAAACAAUAAAUUGCACCGCACUCUCAUAACAAGUUAAUAACUUAAUAAUUUAAUAUAUAAUUACUUAUACACUUAUAUACAGUUGCGGUUGAACUUGCUUAUUGUUUAGGAAUUAAGAUACAGAGCACAAGACUAAUAUUGACUAAUUGUAAUUAUGUGAUAUUUAUAUUGGUUAACAAAACUAAUAUUGACAUUUGAAAAUACCUGAACAAGAUUCAGCGGACCAUCUACAAUGUGCGUAGGAGGGUAAGGUGGGAAAAGAGGGAAAAUAGAGGUUUUGGUCGCAAUGUAUAGGAUGGGAAAAGUGGGUCAUUGGUUUAGUAUUUUUUUGUUAAAAUCAAUAUAUAGUUAAUUUUGUUACUUUAUUUUUAUAUAAUUAUCAUUAUUUUUACGUAGUUAGUGGUGAUUAAUUAUUGCGAACAUUUCGAUAUUUUUUUUAAUUUAUACAUAAUUUUUUUCAUCACAAAUUAAAUAUAAUGUCAUUGUUUCUAUUCGUUGCGAAUAAAAUCAAUCAAAACACCUCACAAUAAAAGGAAACCAUUAAAAAAAAUAACUUAGAAAAAAAACAACAAAAAAAUUAAAAGUAAAUUAUGUGCGUGCCCGACAAUGGGCCCCUCCCUUCCCCCACCAUUUGUCCUCUAGUGGUGGAUAUUCCCACCCACAUUUCCCAUUUUUUUCCUUUUCCCCCACACUAUGAGAACAAUUUCCACUUUUCCCAUUGAGACCAUCCACAAUGUGAGUGGAAGGGAAAAGUGGGAAAAUAGGGAAAAUGGUGAAAAAGGGAUGUUUUGGUCACAAUGUGGAGGGUGGGAAAAGUGGGUAAUUGGUUUAACACUUUGUUGUUAAAAUUAAUCUACAGUUGAUUUCCUUACUUUAUUUUUAUAUAAUAAUCAUUAUUUUUACGUAGUUAGUGAUAAUUAAUUAAUACGAACAUUUCGAUAUAAUUUUUUUUGUAAUUUGGACAUAAUUUUUUUCAUCACUAAUUAAAUAUAACGUCAUUAUUUUUGUCAGUUGUAGAUAAAACCAAUCAAAAUACCUCACAAUAAAAGAAAACCAUUAAAACAAAAAAAUUAGAACAAAAAAAUAAUAAACAAAUUAUAUGCGGGCCCGGCAGUGGGCCCCUCCUCCAGCCCUUGCAUCCACCAUUUGUUUGCUAGUGUGUGAGUAUUCCCACCCAAUUUUCCCCUUUCUCCAUCUUUUACACUUUUCACACCCACAUUGUGAGUUAUUUUCCCACUUUCCUCCAUAAACCCACCUACAUUGUGGAGAGUCUUAGCAUCUAAAGUGCCACCAACACCUAAAAAUUUUAUAUUAUAAAAUUGAAAAAUUCUUUUAGCGGAGCUCAAUAUCUCGUGAGAAAUAAGAGAAAGAGAUAAGAGAUAUGUGCAAAAGAAAAGUGUGGAUAAAAGUAGUCUUCUAGUGCUCUGAUACCAAACAUUAAUUGCAAACAUUAAUUACCUUAUUAAAAUUUAAUGAUUUAGUAAUCUUUGUUUUCUUUUAUUUAGGCUGGUUAUUAUAUCAGUAAUUAAUUCUGUUUUAGAGAUAACUUCUUCUAAUGUUUCUGUGGUUCCAAUACUCAUUUGCUCCUCUACAAUUUUUGAGGCAGAGUAAGUUAGUUCAUGUGUGACUGCACUGAUAUCAUUUAUUGAGGUGAGAUUUAUAGCAUAUAUUCCUUCAAUUAAUUUGUUUAUAUGAUAAGCAGUAGGCAUAUUUAUUUUAUAGAUACUAAUAUAUCUAUGUAUAACAUUGAUUGAUUGAAUUAUUUAUUCUUCCUCCCACUGCAAAGGAGAAGUUGUUCCAGUGCUGUACUCUUUUCAUGCUUUCUGCUUAAGCUGAUUGAUGAGGGUUUUUAUAAAUCUUUCCAUUCUCGAGUUAGUGUGUCGGUGAACGGAUUGUUGUUUGACUUGAUAUACUUCAGGUAAGGAUUGUAAUAAUCGAGUUGUUGUUGCCACCUGAUUAAUCUCCCUUUGUUGAAAUUUGCUUGAAACUUGUACCUCCAAAAACCUGUUACAUAUUUAGUACAGUUUGAAGUUCAAACCUUGUGGAUAAUAAUUCAAGCUUCCAUUUUUUCAAUGUUCGGAGACAAGCUAGUGUCUCUAAUUCAUGGAUUGAAUAGUUUUGUUCACUGGCUGUAAAUGUUCGAGAAAUAUAUUUACAUAAUUUCUUAGAAUAUUUAUCACUGUUGAAAGAGACUGAUGAUUGAGAAUAUGAAGAUCCAAUAAUAUUGUUCGUAGACUGGUAAUCUUUAGGCUUUUGGCCAGAGACAAGAGACAGUAGCCUCAUUAUUUUCAAUUUUGAUAUUACCAAAAUUGUCCAUUUGUAAUAAUUCUUUGCCAUUUUGUAUUGCUAACAUGCACCCUGCCCAAGUAUCCUUGGAGGCAUCCGUUUGAAUUAUUAGAAAUGAUUUUCACAAGGGUUAUAUAGUUUUGGUAAAUGCUGACAUUUUUCCUUCAUCAAUAAAACUAUUUUUGUAUCUUGAUCAUUCCACGACCAAGGGAUUUUGUCGGAAAUCUUUUCUGUAAAUGUUUUCUUUCUUUUGCUAAAUCUUUUAAAAAUCCUUGUUCACUAAUAUAAUUUAAACAUCCAAGAAAACGUUGAUUUUUUUUUCAAGUUGGUUUAGGAAUUUAUCAAUAUUUUCUUUUGUAUUAACGUGUUGUAUUAUCAAUCUUUGCUUAUUAUUAACGUUUCUUCAUUCAUUUGUAAUAUUUUUCAACAUCAUGUUCAAUAUUUUUACUUGUGAGCUAUUAUUAAUCAAUAGUAUGACUGAACGUGUAAAAUUAACAAUGCGUGUUCAUUAUUAACGUUUUUUCACCAUUAGUGAUAUGUUGAACGUCAUUAUCAAUUUUUUUGUACUUCUUUAUUAUAAAUUUGUCGGCAGAAAUACCAUGUACUAUUAUUAAUCUGUGAUCAUUAUUAACAUUUCUUCAUACAUUAUUAAUAUUUACCGUGACACUACAACCACUUUAAUUUUUUCCCCGAUUACUAUACGGGCAUUAUAAACAAUUUAUUUCAUUAUUAAAUUUGUUGUUCAUGUUUGGAACUUUUCAAAUGACAUUAUCAAUCAAUCAUGUAUGCUAGUUAUUAGGCUGAAUCAAUCAGAGUUACUAUACGUGCUCCCUUGACACAAACCGACAAUUAAUCCACAUUGAUUCAUCUGUUGGAAUAGUCACAUGCAUUGCUGCAAUUAUUAAGGAUACUUUGGUUAGUACUAGCCAGAUUAUCUAUUUAUAUUAGCAAUAUUAUCAACUGAUUUACACGCAUUAUCAACUACAAUGUCCACGACUAGUACAUCUGUAGCAGCAUUCGGAGACUCAUCGUGCUCAAUUCCUACUUUUGAAAUAUGAAGAGUCAAAUACACAAUGCAUUUUUCUGUUGCUUUUCAUAUAUUUACAAAACACAACCCACCUUCAAUUCCCUCAAUUUCUUCUUCACUUCUCGCGAAGUUGUGUUCAACAUCUUGCCCUUCGAAGUAUGCAUCAUUUAGUAUAUUUCUUUAUCAACAAAGUUAUUAACAUUUUAUAGUAACAAUCGUAAUAAUUUCCAACCAGGUGGUCAAACCGAAUUAGCUAUUUCAAUAUUCAUUUUCUUGCCCGAAAACGAAAAAUAGUUUUAAUGUUUUUAUUUGUGUCAAUAUUUUUGAUAUCGUUAUUAAAAAAUAAAAUUUACAAUUGUAACAAUCAUAAACCACAUUAUCAACCUAUAUUAUUGUACAUUAUCAUCUGACCACACAAUUAAUAUUACUUAUAUUAUUGCAAUUAUUAACCAAUAACGUCAUCGCUGUGACAAUGCGAUCACCGGUAAAAAUCAAUUUUUUCCAUCUUUUAUUAACAUUUCCAAACAACGUUAUUAAAAUCAGCAUCAACAAAAUUGACCCGAUAUCUUUAAUCCCUGUUGACAUUAUUAAACAAUGUUAUUACUUGAUUUAUUAACGGGGAACCUUUAAUGUGAUGUUUCCAUCAACCUUCUUAACAAAUUCAAGUUACACUAUUUUAUAAUAUUCAACAACGUUACCAAAACAUCUUAUUACACCUUACUAACUGGCUAUGAGGCAAUUAUUAACUAGUAACUACAUAUAUAUGACAACGACAUCACCAGUUAGGAACCUAGAAAUAGGGUUGUUCUUAUGUCAUUGAGACCACAGUUAGGAAGUAUCGUGAAAAUGAAUUUGUGACUCGAUUUAUUACUAGAUUGAAUGAGUCGUAUGGAGGAGUUAAGACCAACCUGCUGAUGAUGAUUCCACUACCAGCUAUGGAAACUGGGUUCCAUUAUGCCAUUCAACAUGAAGACAGCUUGGCAAACCUAGUAAGGAAUCUCAGGUGGAUUCAGUUGCAUUGUUGGAUGCUAAUCAAUCAAAGGGGAAGGAGAAUGUUAAGGGUAGUCAGGCUCCUUUGUUAUGCAGCUACUGUAAGAAAGAUAACCAUGUUAUAACUAAUUGCUAUAAGUUGAAAAGAAAGAACAAAGAAACUGGAUCCUCCUCUAGUUUUGGAGCUACUGCAACAAGGAUAACCAUGUUAUACUUAAUUGGUGAACUCAGUCAGCAGACACCUAUAAGUGAAUCCCAACUUUGCAGGUAAAUUCAUUCUUACCUCAUAUUUCUAGCAACACCCAUUGGAAUUAGUAAAUGUGUGGUUCUUACAUACAGGGGCUACAAAUCAUGUUACUUGUUAAAAAUCUAGUUUCAUUAGAUGUCAUCCCAUUUAGAAUGUGUUCAUCACACUACCAAAUCGGUCCAAAACUCCUACUCAUUCAGGAACAGUUAGAUUAACUCCCAACCUGAUUAUUCAUAGAGUCUUACUUGUUCCCACCUUUUCCUUUAAUCUCAUCUCAAUAAGUAGACUCACUCAAUCCCUACCAGUUAUACUCACCUUUAAGUUCACCAUUUGUUCUAUCCAGGACCUUCUGACAGUGAAAACGAUUGGUUUUGAGCAAGAUACUAGGGGUCUUUAUCAGCUCAUACCUACAACCACAGAAGCAACACUUAUUCAUGUCAAUUCCCUCAAGACUCAAAAUUUAACACCUCGAUCCUUUGAUCUAUGGCACUAGCGACUUGGACUUCCUUCUGAAGUAAGAACUAAAGAGUUAAAGAGAGUAGUUCCUGGUAUAGAUCUCAAUUUUGUUCGCCAUUGUGAUGUUUGUCCUCUUUCCAAGCAAAAACGUCUUUCCUUUUCUUCAAGCCAUUCAAUGGCAAAAGAUAUUUUAGAGCUCACACAUGUUGAUAUUUGGGGCCCUUUGGUUGUUUCUAGCUACAAUGCUAAAAAUAGGGUAUUGUCUCUUUCUAGUAAAUAGAAUCAUUCCAAUCAUAUCAUGACGGUAAAGCAAUGGAAUGAGCAAUCUCAGAUGUCAUUCUUGCAUCAUGAUGCCGAGAACUGUCUGCACUCUCUUUUCCGCAAACUUUGUAGAUGGUAAGAAGAAAGAGUAAGCAGAGAUGGUACCACUAGGAGACAAGAUCAAAUAAAGGAACUGAACUCAAAGCUGGGGAAGUAAUGAAGGGUAAAUAGCGUAGAAGAGGGCGUCGUUAGCAGGCGUCACAGAUAUUGACAAAGAGAGUUUGACUUCUAGGGGUUAGAAGCUUACUUGAGUGUGUAGCAGGGUUUAAGUGAAAUGAAAUGGUUGCCACUAGUCGAGUUCUGGUACAAUCCUAAUUAACAUACUACAAAAAAAACUACCCCAUAUGAAAUCUCAUAUGUAAGUAGUAGAAACCAGUGGCGUUCCAGUAUCCGCCAGUGAAAAAAGAAAAUGAUUGGAAACUCAAAUAAAAAAUAGACCGCUUAUUUUAUCGCAUAUGGCACCCCCUCCUUAAUGCGUCGAAGAGAAAUUUAGAUAUAUACACGGUCAUGGUAUCCCGGACUGUGUUCCGGAAAAAGUGGCCUACUUGAAAGAAAGAGUGGGCACUCUCUUGUUUCAACCCCACUAUACUAUUCAAAGUUGUGGGGCACUGUGUACUUACAGCCUCUACGAGGGCUGGUUUCCGAGUUAGAGUCUGAAUCAUUGCAUAACUUCCUGAAGUUAUGCGGGGACAUCCUAUAUUGCUGAAUAGAGCGCCUACUCUACAUAGAUUAGGUAUACAGGCAUUCCAACCUAUUUUAGUGGAAGGGCGUGCUAUUUGUUUACAUCCAUUAGUUUGUAAGGGAUUCAAUGCGGACUUUGAUGGGGAUCAAAUGGCUGUUCAUGUACCUUUAUCGCUGGAGGCUCAAGCGGAGGCUCGUUUACUUAUGUUUUCUCAUAUGAAUCUCUUGUCUCCAGCUAUUGGAGAUCCCAUUUCAAUACCAACUCAAGAUAUGCUUAUUGGGCUCUAUAUAUUAACAAGCGGGAAUCGUCGAGGGAUUGGUGCAAAUAGGUAUAAUCCGUGUAAUCGCAGAAAUUCUCAAAAUGAACGAAUUCUCACGAAUAACAAUAAGUAUACGAAAGAACCGUUGUUUUGUAAUUCCUAUGAUGCAAUUGGAGCUUAUCGGCAGAAAAGAAUCAAACUAGAUAGUCCUUUGUGGCUCCGGUGGCAACUAGAUCAACGCGUUAUUGUUUCAAGCGAAGCUCCUAUCGAAGUUCACUAUGAUUCUUUGGGUACUUAUUAUGAGAUUUAUGGGCACUAUCUAAUAGUAGGAAAUAUAAAAAAAGAAAUUGUUUGUAUAUACAUCCGAACCACUAUUGGUCAUAUUUGUCUUUAUCGAGAAAUUGAAGAAGCUAUACAGGGGUUUUGCCAAGCCUGUUCAGAUGGUACCUAAUCCAAUCAUAGAGAUCUAUGUUAAGUAAUUUUAGCAGACCGGUGUGAAUUCUGAUCUCCUCGGUUCGGCUAGGACCAUAGUUCUGAAAUUCCUGAAUUUCUAUGCGAAUCAAGAUCGAGAAAAGGA